AUGGGCAUGGCUAUCAAAAAAACUUCGAUGGGCUGCUCAAGGACAAUUCUAAAGAUCGGCUUGGUGGCCGCUUGGUUCAGGCGCAAAGGCACCAUUGUGGUUCACUUUGACGAACAUGGGCAAUACGUACACGCUGCAGCAGACGACCCAAGCGUUGGUGCCAAGAAGAGCACGGGAUUACUCACGCAAUAUUUUGACUUGCUCAGUUCCUAUGAGAGAAGCAGCAAGGGCAAGAUCAUCAUCUAUCCUGUUGCCUCGGGGACUACAUACAACGAUGUUGCAGUGAACCACAACAGUCAAUACCAGACAAAACCUUUGCCGCUGGCGUCUCUAAAAUUGGAGGAGUCCCUAGCGCUUGCAAAAGACCGAUUGGUCAAGAAGGGUGCUGGUACCGAACUUCUCAGUCAAAUUUUGGGGGACACUCUGUUCAAAGUAGCUGUCGCUGAUGCUGGAGGGCUACCAGGUGCCGUCAUCUGGGCGGCUGAUAGAGCUGGUCAAAGCAUGACAUUGGAUCAGGGAACCUUCAUUGCCGAACUUGUGGCAGAAGCUAAAUCAUAUGCAAAGUUUCCCGCAAAGGGACGUUGGGAACAGUGCAUUUUGUGUUCCUUUGCCCGUCCACCUCUUAAGGGGCAUUCAGUUCUUGUACCUCGUCAAAGUGGAGACAAUGGAGACGAAGAAUCUAAGGACUGGACUGUUACAAGAGCUUCUGAAUCUGGAUCCAUCACCGUGACGACAAGAGGAGGGUUCAAAGAGAUUCGAAUUGCUCCCUGCUUCCUUGCAGCUUCAGACAGCACACAUAAUCUGCCUCUCAACACGUCAAUUCUUCUUGCGAAUUUGAGUUGGGCUGAUGGCUGGACAUGGCAACGGUUUGAGAAUGCCCAUGCUCAUUACUAUGCAGCAUUUCUGAAUGCACUGGACAAGACCCAACGCUUCUGGAGUGAAAAUGGCAACCAAAACAUGUUUGUGAGGGAUGUUUUCCCUGGUGUGCAGUCGCAGGAUUGUUCCCUUCUGGAUUGGAUUGUCAAGCCAACUAAGGACUUUAACUAUGGUUCAGUGGUUGCAGAAACGGAACAGAGCAUACCAAGAUCCAAUGCAGCUCCUGGAACAGAGCACAGCGUUAACAUUUUGGACUUCCAUAACGUCCAUCUUGCGGCUCCUGGAAACCCAAUCACUGACGCACAUUUUAACUUGAAUGUGGAAAGAGUUGCAAAUGACCCUCAGCAGGGGAUGACAGUCUUCAUGCAGUACAAGCAUUCCGUCGACGAGCGAGGUACCACUGUCAAGGUUUCCGAAAUGAAUGGUGCUGUGGAGACUCUUCGAGGAAGGCUGGCCAAUCACGGGUGGCCGAGAGAUCGAGAGUGGCUGUUUCUGUGGGUGACCAAUCGCUCAGUGGAGGUAGAUGUACCGGCAAAUGAAAAACUCCUCUGGGUUGGACGGGAGGAGCUGUUUGAACACUCUCCACUCAUUGGAAUGCGGGGUUUGGUGGUUGAUGAGCAAUCGCGAGAAGUGAACGAUGUUUAG